UUUUUCUUUCCCAAACUUACUUUCUCCGUCUCUACUGUCCUGAUUUUUCACUAACCGUCCCAACCACUUGUCUCCUCCCGGACCCUCGCUCUCCCCUUCCCUUCCCCAUAAACGACCCGCCAUGCCCUCAGUCGCCGCCGUCGCUCGGCACAAUGCAGGCAUAAACCUCGCCAACAAACGCUUCCUCGUCGUGGGCGGCACCGCCGGUAUAGGCCGCGCCACCGCCAUCAAGCUCGCCUCCCUGCAAGCCUCCGUCACCAUCGCCGGCCGCAACGCCACCGCCGGCUCCGAAAUCGUCGCGCAACUCUCCUCCCUCAACCCAACCGGGGCCCACGAAUUCCACCGAGUCGACAUGACAUCCCUAAAAGACAUCCGCCGCUUUGCCACCGAGUUUCGAAACCGCCAUAAUACCUUGCACGGCACCGUCAUCUCCGCCGGGUUCAUGAGCAUGUCAGGCCGCACCGAGAGCGAGGACGGGAUCGAUAAGAAGUUCCAGGUGCAUUAUUACGGGCGCGUCGCGCUGAUCCGGGAGCUGUUGCCGCUGGUGAAGCGGACGGCGAGGGGUGGCGAGGAGGAUGUGAGGGUGAUGUCGGUGUUGGCGGCGGGGUAUGGAAAUACGGUUGAUUUGGAUGAUCUGGAUUUGAAGAAAGGGUAUGGGAUUAAAGCGGUGGCGGAUGCGGCUUCGGGGUAUAACGAUUUGGCUGUUAAUGCCCUCUCACUCGAAAACCCCUCCAUCUCCUUCAUCCACAUCGCACCGGGUGCCAUCGACACCUCGCUCGUGGACAACCUCCCCUGGUACUUCAGCAAACCCGCCAAACUGCUCGGCCCCCUCUUCCUCACCAAACCAGAAACAUGCGCCGAGUUCAUGGCGUGCGCCCUGACGGCCGAUGAGUACAAGAAGGGCUGGCAUCUGCUGAGCUCGAAGGCGGAGGAGAUUAAGCCGGUGGCGAAAUAUCAUACGGAGCAGAAUGUGAAGAGGGUUUGGGAGCAUACUUUGGGGUUGAUUGAGGAGAAGUAGCAGGGUGGGGCUAGAGAGGGGGAUUUGGAUAUGUGUGGUUUGCGCGGAUUCGGGGGCCAUUUCCAUAUGUCAUUUAGCGUUGGACGAUUUUAAGUGUGGAUAGUCCUACGGAGGCGGUUGAGGUUAUAGACAUUCUUCUUUGCUCAGGACCAACUCAGGCUCUAAUUACAGGCCCUGCGCCGGAGUGAAGAUCCGAAAUUGGGAUUGCUGGAACAUUGAAGAAUAUGAUAUAGGCGGCAACAUAGACGUAGAGUUGGCAAGGUCAGGGAUUGUCACCCGGGAUCGACAGGGCCUAAUCACAGGCUUUCCGCUGAUGGCAAACUAGAUGUUGACUAACUACUGUGGCGGAAGCCUCAGGUGUAUGCGAAUAGUCUAAUUCUUGUUAGAAGCG